GUGCGGUCGGCAUGCGGGCGGUGUUGCGCAUGCGUUCCCUGUGGCUCCGCCCCUUCUUGCCUCGCCGCACCGCCUGUUGGGGGUUGAACUUCCCGCCUGGUCCCCGGUUGGCGGCAGCAAUGCCGCACGUCCCUCCUCGGCAGUGAGGAGAAGCAUCCCAGGCCUCUCCAUCCUUGCUGACAGCUUCGCGCCAAGGGCCGCCAUGUCCACGGGGUUCUCCUUUGGGUCCGGGGCUCUCGGCUCCACCACUGUGGCCCCCGGCGGGACCGGCACAGGCAGCGGAUUCUCCUUCGGGGCCGGCGCGUCUAGCACACCUUCUGUGGGGCUCAACUUCGGAACUCUUGGCAGCUCUUCAACCCCUGCAUCUACGUGUGCUUCAACCAGUGGUUUUGGAACAGGACUCUUUGGAGCUAAGUCUGCCACUGGGUUCACUCUAGGAGGAGCAGGUACAGGAACACCAGCUACUACAUCUGCAUCUACAACAGGCUUCAGUUUAGGAUUCAGUAAACCUGCAGCUUCUGCUACACCAUUUGCCCUGCCUGUCACUUCUACCUCAGCUAGUGGUCUCAGUCUCUCGUCUGCUCUGACGUCAACUCCAGCAGCAUCCACGGGAUUUACUUUAAAUAACUUGGGCACAACACCAGCCACAACUACAACAGCAUCAACAGGGCUUUCUUUAGGGGGAGCCUUAGCUGGUUUGGGUGGUUCACUUUUCCAGAGUGCAAACACAGGAACAUCAGGUCUCGGACAAAAUGCUUUAAGCUUGUCUUUGGGAACUACAGCACCUACUUCAACUGCAGGCAAUGAAGGCCUUGGCGGUAUAGAUUUUAGUACCUCAUCAGAUAAAAAAAGUGAUAAAACAGGAACAAGGCCAGAGGAUAGUAAAGCACUAAAAGACGAGAAUCUGCCUCCUGUCAUCUGUCAGGAUGUUGAAAAUCUCCAGAAAUUUGUCAAGGAACAAAAACAAGUCCAAGAAGAAAUUAGUCGAAUGUCUUCCAAAGCGAUGCUUAAAGUCCAGGAAGACAUCAAGGCUCUGAAGCAGCUUCUGUCGUUGGCUGCCAGUGGGUUACAGAGGAAUACCCUCAAUAUUGACAAACUGAAGUUAGAAACUGCUCAGGAGUUAAAGAAUGCUGAAAUAGCUUUAAGAACCCAGAAAACACCACCUGGACUCCAACAUGAAAAUACAGCUCCUGCUGACUACUUCCGAAUCUUGGUUCAGCAGUUUGAGGCACAGCUUCAGCAGUACAGGCAGCAGAUUGAAGACCUAGAAAACCAUCUUGCCACUCAAGCCAACAACUCACACAUAACCCCUCAAGAUUUAUCAAUGGCUAUGCAGAAAAUUUAUCAAACAUUUGUAGCAUUAGCUGCACAACUUCAGUCUAUUCAUGAAAAUGUCAAGGUGCUUAAAGAACAGUAUCUCAGCUACAGAAAAAUGUUUUUGGGUGAUGCUGUAGAUGUGUUUGAAGCCAGGAGAACUGAAGCCAAGAAGUGGCAGAAUGCACCCCGAGUUACUACUGGACCCACUCCUUUCAGUGCCAUGCCAAAUGCAGCAGCCGUUGCCAUGGCUGCAACACUUACACAGCAGCAACAGCCUGCUACAGGGCCACAGCCAUCUCUGGGAGUUAGUUUUGGAACGCCAUUCGGCUCAGGUAUUGGCACUGGCUUGCAAUCAAGUGGCUUAGGUUCUUCAAACCUUGGAGGAUUUGGAGCUAGCUCUGGUUUCGGAUGCGGCACCACAGGGGCCUCCACAUUUGGAUUUGGAACAACAGAUAAACCCUCAGGAAGUCUUAGUGCAGUAAAGGCGGCCAAGGUGACUCCCAGGAUUGAUCAUAGCAAAGAGAAGCCAGCCUCCAAUAACUGGGAAUGUGUCCUUGAUCCUGUGACACCGUGCAAGCUGACCAUUCGAAGGAAUCCAGCUGCACUACCAAAGGACUUGAAGAGAUCAAGAGGCACAACCAGACCAAAGAACAAAGGCCCUGCUUCAGUCCCUCCAGCAGCCAACUGACCUCAUGAGCCAUCGGUGGGACAAGUAAACUGCUGCUCUCCGUACCAUCUCACGAGUGCGUGGCCAAGCCCUUGCUUUUACCUCGUCCAAUCUUCUUGCUUUGGGCCUUUGCUAACAGGGUUCAGAUGGCUGCCCCAGCAGACAGGACUCAUGGCCAGGGGCUCCUGUUAGCCAUCUCUUACCUCUUUCGCACAGGAUGCAUGGCUGUUAUCUGUUGCUCUUAACUUGGCUCUCUGUCAUGGUCUUCUGAACUAUUCUGUGACCUGCAUGGGGUCACCUGGACCCUGCUAUUCCAAACUCAUUUUGAAUGCCAGGGAAAGGCCUUAAGAACCUGUGAAUACAAAGACCAGUGCCCCUGCUUUAACCCCUGUUAGCUCCCCUUUUGGGAAUGGUUUAAAAGUUCAAAGAUGGGAUGGAACCCUUUAUUUUUAUUUAUUUUUAUUUUUAUUUUUUACAAGAAAACUGGCUCAGGACCCUCUGCACUGAAGACAAUCUCUUUUGAUGUAUGUGGAAACUUAACACAAGCUCCAUCCACAUGACAGACCAUGUGACAGCCUCCUACAAGAAUAGAAGUAUAGUCAAUAGAAUAAUUCAAAUGUAAACAGCCCUCUCUACUUGGGUCUAGGACAAGUUAGCUGUAAAAUUCUUGGCACAAUUGGUUCCCAAAAGAAAUCGAGGACCAUAGUAAUGGCAUGCCUUCAGUUGGCUAGUUGGGUAUAACCACAUCCUGCUCUGAGUCGGGUUUGUAAGCAAGUUGACCUUACUGUCUUGAAAUACACAUAACCAACUCUGAAACCCUGGGACCCUCCUGCAGUGUUGAGCACCGAGCCUCCACCCAUGCAAGUGUUCUUUCUACUAUGAGGUUGCACUCUAUUCUUAGCUAUGGCAGAGACUAUAGUCUAGUCUCUAACCAUCUCUUGUUACAUAUGUUGGGGAUUUGACACAGGAAAUCAAUGGUCGUGGGCACCUAGAUGAUUUAUAGUCUUCUGGAGUCCUGUAAUGAAAUCAGAUACCCCACCCAACACCAGGGGCCUUAACACCUCAGUCACUGGGAAACAUGGUGUCACUCGAUGAGGAAGCAAAUUGACUUCCCCUGUGGGAAUCUUAGCAUGUUUGGGCCAAAGGUUUUAGGAUGUUACCACGCAAAAGACUCAGUAAUGAAGGUCCUCUAAUGACUCCGGACCAAACUCCCACCCACUGUCCAGUUUUUCUCAGCCCUGACAGGGAUGGAAUGGUGCUGAGCCCCGUGGGAGUGUAUCUGAAAUGUGGGAGAACAGCAUGUGCUGAGCUCCACCAAGUUUGCCAGACUCUUAUCAGUAUACGGGCUGUUCCAUGUGGCCCUUUUCCUUCCUGCCACCUCCCUCUUCAAGGGGUAACAGCCAAGCAGUGGGUAUUCAAGAGUUGGAUGUUCUGAGACAGGAACAAACACCAGCUCUAAUAGAGACCAGGAGGACAAUGACUGGCCCACUGAACAUAUAACCCAAUAGUCUCUGGUCUGGCCACUAAGGUAGAAGAUAGUAUACUCUUUCCAUGUAACCAUCAUUAGGUCACAGGUUGUUGAAUUUUGUGACUAAUACAACUUAAAAAUGCCUCUUGAGUUGCUAGGCAAUCAACAAGAUGUAUAGUAUAGUGUGCCAGAAUCCCUUGGUCUUGGACUAUCUACUUUCCUCUGUGGAAAGAUCAACCUAAACAGACCAACAAAGGCUGUAGGACAUCACAGGCAGCAUAACAAAGCUUGCUUAUGCCCCACUCCAAAUCUUGAAGGUUUUGGGCCCCCAGAGACUUAUUUGGAUUCUAGCAUCUUAAAGAAGGGGAGUCUGGCUUCCCUGAGAUACUUCACGCACUAUGUCUCUUCUAUAACUACAUUUCUCCCCCAUUCUUGCAUGGUAAAUGGUUUGUAAAUUGUGCUGCUUGGGUGAAAAAUUCUGCUUAUGGGGGAGUUGAGCAAACUAUUAAGCAAGCUUGAUAUAACCAAUCAAAUAUAUGUGUCACUCUGGAUUGCUUUGGUUGGGGCCAGGGAACAGAAGGAUCUACAAGGCUCUGUUCAGUGGAAUGGCCUUCAGCCUUUAGGCUGUUGUCUGUGGGUUAUAAUGUAUUGUGUAGACUAAAACUGCUUCCUGGCUCUCAGCUUGGGUUUCCCUUCACUUGGUUUCCUGUCUUUUGUUUAUAUGUUUAAUGUUUCUUUGUGAUUGGUUCUGAAAAGGGUUUGCUAAGUGGUAUAUAAAUAUGUGUUUUAACAUUUGGUUGUCUCUCCACCGCUCCAUCCGUCAAGUUGCUCUGUACACCCCUUUCAGUAUGUAGCAGUGUCAAUGUCCUCAAAUUCUCUGUAAUACUGAUUUUCAGUUGUAAAUCAGUUCUUGUUGGGCCUGAGCUUUUUAAAUAUGCUUUUAAUAUGUUUCAGUAUGUUUACCCACAUGUUAGCUGUUUGCAUUCAUAUAAUUGCAGGCAGCAGUCUUCUUUUUUUUUUUUUUUUUUUUUUUUUGAUGGCUUAUAGGAUCUGUUAGUGGGUACUGUUUUUUUGGGUUUUUUUGCUAUGAGAUGUCUGGAGUCAGUUGGGUUCAGAACCAUGCCUUAAUGCUAUGAUCUUCUCUAACCUACACCUCAGCCUUUUUAGCAGAAAAUGAAUCUGACAUACAUGGGUGGUUUGUAUUAAGAAAAUAAUCUACUAGAAACAGCUUACAAAAAGCCCUGUCUUUUGUUCAUUCCUUUUGUUUUUAUGGGGGUAUCUAGUUUAGGACAAUUUAACUUGUUUGUGAAUUUUAGUUGUUUUCACUUCCCAUCCCUUUUUCUCGUUCACCUCCUCCAAAGGAAACCCUUUUCCCCAACAAAGCCCCUCCUAAUUUGUUAUUUUGUGUGUAAGGGUGUUCUGCCUGCUUGUUAUGUCUUUGUACCACAUGCAUGUCUGGUGCUGGAGGAGGCCAAAAGAAUGCACUGGAUCCCCUGGAACUGGAGUUAACAGAUAGUUGUGUUGCUAGCCGCUGAAUCUGGGUCCUCUAGAAGGACAGCCAUGCUCUGAACCACUGAGCCAUCUUUCCAACCUGACCCCAUUCCUAUCAUUUCUCCCUUUCGUGUGUGACCUGCCGAGUUUAGAGUUUCUUACCUGAGUGUGAGCAGGGAGCUAUUUACUAGAACAAGAGUAACUUAUCAGGUGCAUCAUGAUGCAGAAAAUGACACCUCUCUCUGACAGCUGUUGAACUGUCAGUAGUCGCCCCUGGGAGGUGUGGGGCCUCGCUGGUUGUUGUUGGUUUUAGCUUUUUUUUUUUCAAUUUAUUUUUAUAUUUUGUUAUGUAGCUUAAAAUCACAUCUUCUAACUCUGCUCCUGAAGCUGGGGUUACAUAUCAACAAUGUUCAGCCUCUAGGACAUUUACUACUUAAGAUACGUUUUUAUCAAGUUUGGUUUUUCUUUUAAAAAGUCUCACUGGGAUUUUGAUUUUUUAUUCACACAAAGUUACAUUAGCAUUCUAAUCUGGAGAGAAUUGACAUUGGUGUAAAAUGGUGGCAGAGCACUUGCAUAGCGUAUAGAAAGCCCUGAGUUCAAUCCCUAGUUUCCUCCAAAACCAUGCAGGCAGUAAGUUAUUGCAAAUAAUGUACUAUCCUUCUAAUCUCAAACUAUUUAUUUAUUUGUUUAUUUAUUUAUUUAUUUAUUUGCAAAAGGUGAAUGUGGUACCUUUGGAAAUACUGUUAUGGAAUAUUUGUUUGGUGACAUGUUUUGUGUCAGUAUAGGGUUUGCAUCUUUUCCUCUUUCCCUCUCCUAUAAGUAAGUCAGUCUGAACCCAGUUUAAGGCUGGCUGAAAAAGUGGUCCUUUUGUAGCACAGUAUGUUGUGUUUACUGUGUAGAACCUGUUCUGGGCAUCACACUUGGCCCUCAUGAGCCUGACCUUAUAGGAGCCUAGUAUCAACCCAUGAGCAAAAAUCUCUUAAAAUUUUUUGUUAUUGUUAUUGUUUUGUUUUUGCUUUAUUUUUUGCUACGAUGGAUAUACAUGUAGAAGUUGAGUACUCUACCACUGAGCUAUGGAUAUCAGUAAAGGUAAGAAAUGGUGGCUGUAUCUAAUAAUGUUAGCUGUGACCCUGAAGGGGCCAGGACCUAGUCUUAGGUGCUCCAAAAUAUUAACUCCUCAGUUCUUUGAGGUGAGUAUUGCCUCUAACAUCUAAGGAACUGGACACAGAGACAAACAACCUAAAAGGGACUGAACUAACAAAUGGUUGGGUCUAGAUUCAAGUAAGCAAACUACGAGGCUUUUAAAUUUAACUACACACUGCAAGAAAGGAUUCUUGUUAAUUAAUAAAGAUACCAAGAAAAUUCUGCUUAGGGGUCAAAACAGUAGUUAGAUUUUAGCAAAGAGUAUGAGUUUACUGUAUGAAGUAUUACAUCAUUAAAGAGCCAGGCAUUUUAAUUAAAAGUAGCCCUUGGGCUUACAAGGAUAACUUAAGAGUAGAGCACUUGUCUAGUAGAGGAGGCCAGCACUGUGAAUGGUCAUCUGAAGUUGAGCAGAUUAAAGGGCUCUAAAAUGCAAGUUGUGCUCUGCUCCCCACAUUCCUGCUCAACUCUUUGUAUGUGUGUGUCUUGCACCAUAGUUAGUCCUCUGAACCAUUCAGCUAGUUCUUGGUGACUUUAGGUUAUCUCUUUCAUUUUCAACUAGAAGUAAUCCUGCUUCUAGGAUAGCUGAUGCUGGCAUUUAGUCCCAGCAACUUCAUUUGUUGUGUGUGCUCUCCUUUGUUCUUCAAGGGGCAACAGAAGCUGCUCAGUGAGUGUUGUGCUAAGUAGUAAUGCCAAGAUACAAACUCAUAGCUCAUGUAUUCUUCAUGUGGAACCCUUGCUAUCUGUCAUCGGAUGAGUAGAGCUUCGAUCUUGUGCUUUUCCACGUUAAUAAUCCUGCCCGUGUUCUGAAAAACUGAAGAGGCAGGAGAAAGAUUCCACUGGAGCCAUAAACACUUUCCCACCUGCUUCUUUUGCAAGUUUACCCUGUAACUGAACAUAAGGACUCAAGGAUUCCAAGUCUAGACAAACAACACAAGUGUGAAUUCUGCUAAUGUCCUAGGUUAUGGCUCUGCAGAUGCUGCUUUGAGAUGAAAGUAAAUCUCACUGUGCCCUCCAGACUGUUGGAGCUAUG